UAGUUUGCGGCGUUCGCUGUCCUCUCAUAUAUAAAGCAAAAUAUGCGCCUGUUUUAGUCAAUUGCUGUGUUCGGCUCAAUACGUCCCGAAAAAUGGUGCAGUUUUCAUUCUUGCUGUUGGCUUUCUCAGCCACCUUGCUACCUACCUUUGCAAGUCCAAACUACAUAAUCAACUACAGCUACCUUGAUGUGAUGGCCCAGUCCUAUUGUGCUGCCAGGGUCCCCGGAGCAGAAUGGGUGUUUGCUUUACGCAGGAACUGUACUAUGGCUCCAGAUUGCAACACCAUGUGCAACAACGCUAAAACAAGCAUUCUGUCGGCCAUCAGCAAUCAACGCACUAGUACGGCAUGUUUCGACGCCUUUAAUGUCAUAAAGGACCACCCAAUCUUGAGCCCAAAUUCUGGAAACGACCAGCCGGACUCUGGCCAAGUGAACCUAGGAUCCUAUAGCUACGGAACUAGUGGAUGCACGUGGCCUGCCAACAAGUGCGGUCCAAAUUAUUGCUGUUGCAAGGCAUUCUCACCAUGAACAGAAUAGAAUACAUCGGGCGCAUACCUGCAUAAACGCGAGUACGCGCCUGAAUCCCCAUGAUUCUGUAAAAAAAUCAAAAAUCAAAUCAAAGUUGCUGUAUGCGUACUUGACUACAUGAUCCUAAAACUGUCCAUUUUCCAGUACUAAAUAAAACACCUCAGAACGCCCAGAAUGAACCAGAUUGCACCAUGGUUUUCAAAUAGUUCCGAGGGGGCAUGCCCUCGGAUCCCCCUUGCACAAUUAUGAAUCCACGUCAAUAGAGGGCUAGCUACACUUUUGUAUAUGUUUGUAAAUAAAUCCUCUAAUGCCGAC